CGGAGGGGCGGGGAGAGUGAGGAGGAAGAGGAGGCGGAGCCGUCCCACAAUACCAGGCGGGCGGGCGGUAGGCGGUGUAUCCGGGCUGAGAGGCGCUCGGAGCCGCGGCGGAGCUCGCAGCCCUGUCUCUUUAACGCGAGAGGAAGCGAUGCGGAGGGGUGGAAAAUGGCAGAGCUGCAGAUGCUACUAGAGGAGGAGAUCCCGUCGGGCAAGCGGGCGCUGAUAGAGAGUUACCAGAACCUGACCCGGGUGGCGGACUACUGCGAGAACAACUACAUUCAGGCUACAGACAAGAGAAAAGCUUUAGAAGAGACCAAAGCAUAUACAACCCAGUCUCUAGCUAGUGUUGCUUAUCAAAUAAAUGCAUUGGCCAACAAUGUACUCCAAUUGCUGGACAUCCAAGCUUCUCAGCUUCGGAGAAUGGAGUCUUCCAUCAAUCAUAUCUCACAGACUGUGGAUAUUCAUAAAGAGAAAGUGGCUCGAAGAGAAAUUGGUAUUUUGACAACAAAUAAGAAUACAUCAAGAACUCACAAAAUAAUAGCACCUGCAAAUAUGGAGCGCCCUGUAAGGUAUAUUCGGAAACCUAUUGACUACACAGUUCUGGAUGACGUGGGCCAUGGUGUCAAGUGGCUAAAAGCCAAGCAUGGAAAUAACCAGCCUGCAAGAACUGGCACACUGUCAAGAACAAAUCCUCCUACUCAGAAACCACCGAGCCCUCCCAUGUCAGGCCGGGGAACACUGGGGCGGAAUACUCCUUACAAAACCCUGGAGCCUGUUAAACCGCCCACGGUUCCCAACGAUUACAUGACCAGUCCUGCGAGGCUUGGGAGUCAGCACAGUCCGGGCAGGACAGCUUCUUUAACUCAGAGACCGAGGACACACAGUGGCAGCAGCGGGGGGAGUGGAAGUCGCGAGAACAGCGGAAGCAGCAGCGCCGGCGCCCCCAUCGCAGUACCCACGCCUUCCCCACCCACUGCCGGGCCAGAAAACAUUUGUGCCCCCCCUCCUGGAGCUCCACCAGCACCACCUCUGCCAGCCCUCCUCCCCGUGAGCACGGUGAUAGCAGCCCCUGGCUCAGCUCCUGGUUCCCAGUAUGGCACAAUGACCAGGCAGAUAUCUCGGCACAACUCUACCACUUCUUCGACAUCUUCUGGUGGAUACAGACGAACUCCCUCUGUGACGGCUCAGUUUUCUGCUCAGCCUCAUGUUAAUGGAGGUCCACUUUAUUCUCAAAAUUCAAUUUCUAUUGCUCCACCCCCACCCCCUAUGCCUCAGUUGACUCCACAGAUACCUCUCACAGGCUUCGUGGCCAGGGUGCAGGAAAACAGUAAGUUCGGGCAAACUGAGCUAUGGAAGGAUAGGGGCUGUCUCCUUAGAGCAUGCAUGGUGAUGAGUCAUCGUCUUUCUUCUGUUGAGAAGCUAAUCUUAACUGAAAAUAAGUGCAGAUAUGUUAUUGAAACUGGAGAGCACGGUCUUCAGCUUUUCUCUGUGUGCAUGAUACUGACCCUGUGCCCCCCAGUGGACUAUGAAGACGAGGAGGCAGCGGUAGUCCAGUAUAAUGAUCCAUACGCGGAUGGGGAUCCUGCCUGGGCCCCCAAGAAUUACAUCGAAAAGGUUGUUGCAAUAUAUGAUUAUACAAAAGACAAGGAUGACGAGCUGUCGUUCAUGGAGGGCGCAAUCAUUUACGUGAUAAAGAAGAACGAUGACGGCUGGUAUGAAGGAGUCUGCAACCGAGUGACUGGUCUCUUCCCCGGGAACUAUGUUGAAUCAAUCAUGCACUAUACCGAUUAAUGUUGUUAUUUUGUUUUGGGGUUUUUUUUGCUUUUAAAGUAGAUUCUUAUUACUCAGCCAUACUGUGGACGAUUAUGGUUAACAGUCCGUCUUAAUGUUUUACCAUGUGCCCCUGUCUUCAGGACUUGCUGUUUACUGGUAUAUCUGAAUGUCUACCUGGAAGUGUAGAUCUUUGUGGCAGUUUGUGUAUUGCUCACCAGCAGUUUAUACCAGAGGCUGCCCAUAAACGGUUAUGCUUAUAUACUUACACAUUGUUAACUUUAUGGCCAGCCUAAAUAUUCUGGGGAAGUGGGGUAUAAUAUUUAACAAAUCAUGAUUCAGAGUGUACCAUUACAUGUUUCAGUGCAGCAUGGUUACUAAUACUAUGGCAGACUAAUAUUUAAAUCAGAAAACUUAAAUGCUGGUGCUGGUCAUACUUUUUGUUUAGAUUCUCUCAUUUUUAAAAACUGUUUGUUUAAAGCAUGCAUAAAAAUUUACGUAUUGAAAUAGACUUAAAAAUUCCAUGAUGCUUCCAAUUUGUGUACUACUUUCUGGAGUGCUCACAUUAGGUGAGUUGCUAAGGUCUCCAUGUGAAACAAAAAGGAUUAUUUGUCAUGUUGUAAUUUGUACCUGAGUUUUUUAAUGAGUGAAUUUGCAUCAUAAAUUUUUCCAUUCAUAAAUAUACAAAAGUAAACCAAAGGUUCUUGUCCUUUCCUUCACUGGUUUGCUUUUAAAAAUACAAAAACUGAUUUAUUGCAGAAUUAAUGGUUCUAUUUUCUCAAUAUAUUAACUUGGAAAAAAAUUUUAGCUUUAUCUCUAAGUGUGUCCCAAUAGCAAUGUGAUGGAUUUUCGCAGAUUUCUAAGAUGAUUUACUUACAAGUCAAGUCAGUCUACUGAAUUCCUUUUUGAAAGUAACUUUUCAAACUAAGAAAAUAUUUCAAAGUAUGUAUGUACAUCAUUCUGUAGGUAAAAUUCUGAAAUACUGCCAUGUUCUUCAGUUUUUCAGUGGACGGUUGUACACUGGUUCAACAAAAGGAACUUACAGGCAUCUUUUACGUAGUGUGAAAGUGGAUGCCAUUAAUCUGUGAGUAGGCACUGUUUUAAUCUAUUGCCUGGCACUAGCAACAUUAAGCUUUUAAAAUUGGGAAAGAUGAAUCAUCGUAGUGAACAGAGAGAGAUACUCAGCCAACAGAUCUGUAGUCUUUUGACAUAAUUGGACUGCAACACAUGCACUUUGUGUCUCCUUUUAAUUUAAGAGAGUUAGAGGGAUGUUUUCUUUUUUUAUCUUGUGUAUAAUUCAAUAUUGCUUAGGAUAUUAGAGCAUUCCAGGGUGGGUCUCUGUGUAUUGAGGAUUUAUUUGGAUUUCAAAUUUCAGUUAUGUACUGGGCGUUGCAGACUUAAAAACAGCAUAGUGAAUGGUGAGACUAGUGCAAAACAUUUCUGAAAAUUAAAGACCAUUUAUUGUCACCAAAUCAAUGUGACUGUUUCAUAUGCAUUUUGCCUUUAAUUUUAAACAAAGUAUCAUUAGUGUCAGCUACCUAACUUCCUUUUCAAGUUGAAUGUUCUCUUAAUUUGUAUAUAACCUGUUGUCUAAAUUUUAUGUACAAUCUUUUAUAAUAAACCAUUCUCCUAUAUGAAAUUUUGGAUAUCAUUAAAAUAUAACUAAUGUGGAUUUAGGUGCAGACUUCACAAUUUCCUGACCUGAUUCUUAAGGUGAAUGAAACAAGACAAGCAAGCCAACUGAAUUUUAACAUUGACAUCGAUUAUUUAUUUGUGCAAUGGCUUCAC